AUGGUGAUGAUCGCUCACUUUGGUUUGGUCCUGGUGGGUUCAGGUUCCACCUGCGGACCCAGAGAAUACACAGCCAGAGACGGACAGUGCUGUCCAAUGUGUCAGGAAGGAAAAGUGGUGGGCAAAGACUGCACGGCUGGGUCAGGAACACGCUGCAUUCCCUGUGAGACUGGAACCUACAUGAACAAACCCAACGGUCUGCCCAGUUGUUUCUCCUGCUCCUCCUGUAAUUCAGGCCCUGGACUCUUUAUCAAGCAGAACUGCACGUCUAAAUCAGACACAGUCUGUGAUGUUAUAGGCGGAUAUUUCUGUAAAAGCUGGACAGACAGUGCAGGAUGCAGCAAAGCAGAGAAACAUUCAGCCUGUAAACCUGGACAGAGAAUAAAGCUUCCUGGGACCAGCAGAAAUGAUACUGUGUGUGAAAAAUGCGAAGAAGGAACCUUUUCUCCACAUGGAUUGAACUGCACUCAGUGGACACAAUGCUCUGAAAGCCAAACUAAGGUCCAAGAAGGAAGCUCAACGAGGGACGUCGUCUGCAGUAAUAGAUCAAUGCGACACAGAUAUACUUUGCUUGCGCCUUUUCUUGGCCUAGCAGUUGCAAUUGGUUUGCUAGUCACAGGUGUGUGAUUAUUUGACAGUUUGAUUUCACUUUGAAAACUAAUAAUAACCUUUUUAAUAUCUUACCUGAUCUAGUAAAGUAUACAUUUACACAUGUAUACUUAACAUGUAUUUUUCUAACCAUUGCAUCUUUUUAUGUUUGGUGCAUCAUGGAUGAAUUUUUGAUGCCAUCCUAGGAUAUAAAAUACACAGAUAAUCUUCCAUAAACACAGAUGAAUGAUACGAAGUCCAGGAGAGUCUCCUGAGGACUGAGCUCAACUGGGAACCAGGGACCAAACUAACCCAACAGUGUUCAGACCAAACCAGCCCGGUACCACCAUGAUCAUUGAAGCUGAUUCUGGUCCCUCUCACAGUCUGGACCAAGAUCUCCUGGAAAGUUAAUCUCCUCUCCAUAAAACUUUUCAGCAGAAGGAAACAUGAAGUGAUCUAAAAUGUCCCGGUAGAAGACUGGUUUACUGUGGACUCCAGAAAACCCAAUGGAGCAAAACCAGCAAAUGAAGUGAAACCUGAAACAUUACUGAAUGUGGAAACUUCACCCUGGAUUCUGAUACUUAACGCUAUACCCUCUGAUUCAGAAACCUUGAUUACCAAAUUAAAUGAAAAGUCUUCUUUCAUCAAACGCCGCUUUCCCACUGAAAACCUGAGUUUUUCUACAAACCGGGUUGAAACCCUAACAUCAGCCUCUGACUCUUUUCCCAUUUGACUGAAAAACAGAGUCUGACCCCCUGCUGGCAGCUGUGUGGCCACUCCCCCCCACCACUGUGUGUCUGAUGACAGCAUCACACUGGGUGAGCUUUAAUGAUGUUGAUAGUGUGACAGAAAUCAGGGAGCAACAUGUACAGGAGCCAGAGCGUAGUCAGCUUUCUUUAUUAUUUCGCUAUUUUGAAAGUCCAAUCCCUCUGAAAUGCUGCUCAAUGUUUAUCAAAUGUAAUCAUGAGUUAAUUUUUCUUCUAAGAUCAGUCGCGACUGCCGUGGUAAUGGUGUUCAAUGGUAUCACGUCAAGCCAGCAUGCUGUUCCCACAGCAUGCCUAUCAGAGCCGAGGCCGUUUUAACGCGGGUCACUUGCAGAGUCGUUUGACUCGGGUAGAAAUGCAUCAGUAAGCUGUUGCCGCUGCCACUAAAAGCCAAUCGGUUCCGGGUUUUAACAGGGUUUUCAGCCAGUGUGAAAUGUCACUUCACUUCAAUUCAAUUCAGUUUAUUUCUAUAGCUCCAAUUCACAACACAAGUCAUCUCAGGGCACUUUAGUUCACCAGAUCAUCCUGUCAGAUGGAUUCAAAACUUUCUAUCUGAUUUCCAGCUGAUUGCAUCGACUGAUUGACUUGAAUGCAAUAAGUGAACAGUGACAGUGGAGAGGAAAAACUCCCUUUGA